GACGCCCUGACGCCUCGUGUGUUCCUUAUUCGACAUGGAGAGACGGAGUGGGCAAAAUCUGGUAGAUAUACGGGCAUCACAGACAUCGAGCUCACUUCAGUUGGGAUCCAGCAAGUCUCCUCUGUAGCAACAACGCUCGUGGGUCCCGGCAAACUCGUCAACCCUUCUCGUAUUACGCACAUCUUUAUCAGUCCGAGAAAGAGAGCGAAAAAGACUUUUGAACUACUGCAGAUACCCUCAUCACCUCCUACAGCCGAUGCAGAAUUGGAGGUUACCUAUACUGAAGAUAUUGCAGAGUGGGAUUAUGGCGACUAUGAAGGGUUAAAGGCCGGCGAGAUCAAAGAAUUGAGAAAGACUAGGGGGCUUGACCAAGAGAGGGAGUGGAACAUUUGGAGGGAUGGGUGUGAAGGCGGAGAGACAAUGCAGCAAGUCACGGAGCGCCUGGACAGGCUUGUAUCGAAGAUACGAGACAUCCAGAGGCCUAACAUGAAUGGCAAAAAGCCUGCCGAUGUCCUCCUUGUUGCCCAUGGCCUCAUUCUACGCUGUUUUACUAAACGCUGGCUCGGUUGGCCAAUUGCUUUCUCUUUUCCAAUGAUACUGGACCCAGGGGCAGUCACGGUUCUGAGGUACGCGACUUUAGGUCUUAUGCAGUCUUUCUUCGCCACAGAGUCCCUCUCAGGCUUAAGACAUAUGCCAAAUCAUGUCUAUUGUUUGAAGCUAACUUGCCCAAGUUAUAAGAACAACAAUGCUGAUGAACCGGCGCUUCAUGUCGGCAUGGCGCUUCCGCCUCUAUCGGACAGUAGCCACCAAAAAGGAUCGUAA